CAUUUUGAAAUGUCCGAUUGUGUUGGCAUCCGAAAGGUAUUUACAGUCGCCAGUGAGAGAAAGCUGGUGUGUGUUUGUUUUAUGGUGCAUAUACUCACCGGAGCUCUCCGGCAUCUGCUUUGUGAAAGACGGGUGUGAGAGGGCUAUUAUUUAGAGCAGAUAACAGGAAGUUGAAUGCAGACAAAGCCCCACCCACUAACAGCAUGGUUGCUGCUGAGGCAAGUGUGAAGGGAACAAAGAAAUGACAAGCAAAACAGUAAACUGUGCUGGUAGCAUUCCAAGAGGAAUACUUUCCCUGCUUGUCUGGCUAACGCUUGCUGGAAAAUUUCAAAGCAGAUUUUGAUCACUGAAGCCAGGAAGGUGGUGGUGGCUACUUGCAGAGAUGCCGGAGCUGCUCCAGUGAGCUCCGGCAGCACUGCACCGCUGGGUAUUAGUCACGUACAACUAACGGUAACCUGUCAGCAGCUGCACACAAACCCUCAACUUGAUAGCCUACGGAAAACUGACGCCUUUCCCUUUAUUCCAACUUUCUCCAGCAAUGCUUUGCAGCUUUUUCGGAGGAGGUGCUGCAGCCAUGGAGCCCGACUGGGAGGAGGUUGUUCCCUCUUGCUUCUUCUGGACUCUUCAUUGUUCCUGAAAUGUAGGAGAUGAUAACUAGUCGGGAUUCAAACCCUCCUCCACCAUUGACUGAGGAGCCUUCUCUCGACUCGUCUUCCGAAGCUGACGUGACUUCAUCGCAUAAAAAAUAAUCCUUGGUGGUUUAAGAUGUAGGUGAAUCAUCUGUGAAGAAAUGAAUAAAGAAAUGCUUUAACUAAAAGAUACUGUAGAUGUUAUUGGAAUGAAGCUGUUUGGUUUCCCCCUGUGGGAUGAAGCACUAGGAUUAAAAGCUGGCUUUUUCACACGCCAUCUGUGCUGAAUCCAAGAGGAGUUUGGUGCAGUUUGGACAAUGAAAGCCAAGGCCAAGCAAUGGAAGCACUUAGUGCUGAUUGGGAUACUGGCAUGGGCCCUCGCUGUCUUGCUGCUGUUUACAUAUUUCACAGACUUCAGAAGCAAUGAGCGUCCAGCCAGCUCUUUCGCUAACUCUGAGACACGAAGGCUCUACCCCAUCCAGGAAAAACUGCGGGCCAUUAUGGGAGCAUUCCCAAAUCCAAAGGUCUCAGCGAGUCGCAGAGAAAGCAGUCUUUCCUUUGAAGAUGACGAAGAUUCUGUGCGUUCAUUGCGUUUAGAUUAUCUGAAUGACCCCAGACUAGAAUGGACCCAGGAUGACAGUGGCGAGCUUCAAGUGGGGAAAAGUGUGAAGAGAGGGCAGGUCAAUGGAAACGGGGCAGUGGAUCAGAUGGCUAAUGUUGUCAUGAAAGAUGGCAAAGUCUUUGAGGAAGGAAUUAUUCAAGAUGCAAAGUCUAGGCCUCGUGAAACAGUGAUUCAGUAUAAGGAGCGAUCGAGUUACUCUCUCGACCCGUUACUCGAAAAUCUAGAUUCCUUGGACCUGGAGGACUUGGAGUUUUCAAAAUCCAGUUCAAUGCUUGUGAAACUGUGGAGAGGAAAUAUUUCAUCGGCGAUGCUGAAUCCUCGUUUGAAAAAAGCGAUGAGGGACUAUAUGAAUGCAAACAGACACGGCGUCCACUAUCAAAAGAAAAGGGAGGCUGAGACGAUGAUUGGGGAAGACCUCCUGUGUGAACUGAAAAACAAAGUCAAUCUGAGGACCAUCGAUGGGAAAGAGGCUCCGUUUUCUACAUCUGGAUGGAAAAAACACAUUCCUAAAAUUCCUCUGAGCAAGAUCCGGAGCAACCCUCAAGCCUUCAGGAAUUGUGCAGUUGUUGCAUCUGCUGGUGCAAUAUUGAACUCCUCCCUUGGAGAAGAAAUAGAUUCUCAUGAUGCGGUUCUAAGAUUUAAUGCGGCCCCUACACAAGGUUACGAGAACGAUGUUGGAAGCAAAACCACAAUCCGUGUUAUUAACUCACAGAUACUUGUGAACCCAGAGCACCAAUUUAACAAUAGCACCCUAUUCAAGAAUAUUGUUCUGGUAGCCUGGGAUCCUGCUCCUUACUCUGUAAACUUGCUAAAGUGGUACAAGAAGCCCGAUUACAACCUAUUCAUGCCCUACUUGCGAUAUAGGAGAAAGAACCCUGAGCAGCCCUUCUACAUCCUUCAUCCAAAAUUUGUUUGGCAGCUUUGGGAUAUAAUCCAGGAAAAUACCCAGGAAAAGAUCCAGCCAAAUCCCCCGUCAUCCGGAUUCAUUGGAAUUCUCAUUAUGAUGUCUCUGUGUGAUAAUGUCAAUAUCUAUGAAUAUAUCCCUUCCAUCAGACAGACUGAUCUCUGUCACUACCACGAGCGAUACUAUGAUGCAGCAUGUACCUUGGGAGCCUACCACCCAUUGCUGUAUGAGAAGCUUCUGGUGCAGCGGAUGAACAAAGGGGUGGAGGCAGAUUUAUAUUCAAAAGGCAAGGUUAUUCUGCCUGGUUUUAGUACCAUGAAGUGUUCCAGUGAACAAUGAAUCUUGUGCUGCAGGACAAUUACAUGUUGUGUACAUGACAUAUACACUGAAGCUUAACUAAAAUACUUGAAAUGAGUAGUUAGGACCAACUUUGGGGUGGAUUCAAGGUAAUAAGAUAGAGAGAUUGUGAAACAGACUUGUUACAAUAUAUAGAAACAAGGAACUGCAGAUGCUGGUUUACAAAAGAAAACACAGGGUGCUGGAGUAACUCAGUAUGUCAGGCAACAUCUCAGGAGAACAUGGAUGGGCAACGUUUUGUGUCAGGCCCUUCUUCAGACUCAUCUCAGGAAAACGGAUAGGUGACGUUUUGCUAAGGGACCCUUUUUCAUUCUGUAUAGACAAUGUUUCGGAUCGGGGCCCUUGUUUAGACACCGAUCCAGUCUGAAUUAGGAUCCCGAGCUGAAACGUUACCUAUCCAUGUUCUCCUGAGAUGCUGCCUUACCCGCUGAGCUACUCCAGCAUUUUGAGUUCCUUUGUUCCAUUAUAUUAAACUUUUUGUAUUUUGUAACAGAAUACUGUGCUCUAAUGCAUUCAUAAAGGACCAUUUGAAAUUGUCAAACUUCAAAUAAAGAUUUAGACAAUAGA